AUGUCUUGUGGCGUAAAAAGGGUGUCUCAGACCUAUCAUUCUCAAUUAUCAGAUAACACAGGUUUCCAACAACCCUCCUCAUCAUAUGAAGGAGACCGCGAUGAAAAGUUGGUCAUGGCCAGGAGUUAUGAAUCGCACCUUGGUCUUUCUUUAUUUAUCACCAAGUCUCCCCAUUCUCACCUGCUCACCUCACUCAACAUAGAUGUAGAUGCCAAGAGUUGUGUGUAUGACGCGAACGGGAAUUUGUCCGUAAAAUUGAGAAAUCAACCCACUUCCGGUAUUCCUCUCUUCCAAUCCCCAAUCCCACCUUGA